AUGAAUGUUAAGAUUUUAGAUGGUGGAUUUGGUGCUCAAUUAUCUACUCAUGUUAAUGAAAAAGUCGAUGGUGAUCCUUUAUGGACAUCAAAAUUUUUGGUAACAAAUCCUAAUGCAGUAUAUGCUACACAUUUGGAUUUUUUAAAAGCAGGUGCAGAUAUUAUUGAAACAAAUACAUAUCAAGCUUCAAUUCCUAGUCUAAUGAAACAUUUAUCUAUAAGCAAAGAAGAAAGUAUAAAAUUGUUACAUAAAGCUGUUCAUCUUGCUAAAACUGCAGUGAAUGAUUAUACUAAAGAAGUUAUAAAUAAUAAUGAUGUUGAGAAUAAAAAUCCUAUGAUUGUUGCAUCUUGUGGGCCAUAUGGAGCUAGUUUACAUGAUGGUUCAGAAUAUAAUGGAGCUUAUGGUAAAAUAACACCUCGUGAAAACAUAAUUCAAUGGCAUAAAUCGCGUAUAGAUGCUAUUAUAAAUGCUGGUAUAGAUUUAUUAGCAUUAGAAACUAUACCUUGCUAUCAGGAAGCAGAAGCAAUAAUUGAACUUCUAAGAGAAUAUCCAAAUACUAAAGCAUGGCUUUCAUUUUCUUGUGAAAGAAAUACACAAAAAAUAGUAGAUGGAAGCAAUUUUCAAGAACUUUCUACACGUUGUUAUAAAACAUUACCAGGACAAAUAGUUGCCAUUGGUGUAAAUUGUAUUGCUCCAAAAGAUGUAACUCCUUUAUUAAAAAAUAUUAAUAUGGGAUCAGGAAAUGAUUUUAUUCCACUUAUAGCAUAUCCUAACAGUGGUGAAAUCUACUCACCAAAUGAAGGAUGGAUAAAAAAUGAAAGUUAUGCACCACUUGAAAAUUUCAUUCCUGAAUGGUUAGAAUUUGGAAUACGAUAUCUUGGAGGAUGUUGCAGAAUGUAUGCAGAGAAUAUAAAAUCAAUUAGGAAAGCAGUAAAUAAUUUCAAGAAAUCAAAAGAGAAAUAAUGGAUUAAUUUUUUUUAAAUAAAAAUUUAAUUAUUUUUGCUUUUUAAAAUUUUGUUAAUUUUAUUUUUAAUUUUAUAUAUAUUGUUUUAUAUAUUUUUUAACAUUUAUAAAUUUUACAUUCUUUAUAAAAAAGCAUAUAUAUAUAAAUUAAUAAAUUAUACAAUAAUUAUUAUUAUUUUAUUUAUUUACAAAAAAUAAAUAUUUUUUUCAAUUAAUAUUCGAAAAAAAAAUAUUUAAAAAUAUUUAAAUUUUAAAGAUAUUCUAAUUACACAUAUCUUGUUAUGCCUCCUUUUGUUAUGAAACAAAUUAUUUAUUAGUCUAAUUUAUUUGAUAUUGCAUUUCAAUGAUAAAAAAAAUCUAAAUUUAUCGCUAUAAAAAGCGUUUAUAACUUUAGUCUUCAAAUUUGUAUAAGAAAAGACAUCAAUUGACAUUGAUUAAUGCUUAUCAGACCAAUGCAAGAUAAUGUUACAUUUAAAAAUGUUGUAUAUAUAUGUAAUAUAUAUAUCACAAAUACGUGAUUUAUCAUAAUACGUACAAUACACGUGACUAAAUCUGAUCUUCUUAGUAUAAAAGCUCUUCACGACGUAAGAACUGUUAGCAUAAUUACAUUUGAAAUUUUGUUCACAUUUUUAUAAUAUUUAUCUCACAGAUUCAUAAUGGACUUUGGAAUAGAUAUAUUUUGUGAAGUCAAUUAUAGAAAUUGUUGCCUCAGACGUUGUAAACACAUUUAAGUGGCCAAGACGUGCGCGAAAUUAUAAAUAAAAAUUUGGUUUUUCCAAUGUGAAAGACGCACCGUUAUUAAGAAAAAUUAUUUACAAUUUAAAAUGAUUAAAAAACAAAAAUAAUUAUAUAUUUUUAUAUAUGUGUGUGUGUAACGAUAUUUUUGAUAUUAAAAAUAUUUAAUAAUUACGAUAAUUUUAAUAGAAAAUCAUGCAAGAAGUGAUGGUAUUAGAUGGUGGAUUUUCUACACAAUUAGCAACUCAUGUUAAUGAUACAAUAGAUGGUGAUCCAUUAUGGACAGCACGUUUCCUUGUUACAAAUCCUAAUGCAAUUAUUUCUACACAUUUGGAUUUUUUGAAAGCUGGAGCAGAUAUAAUUUUAACAAACACUUAUCAAGCAUCUAUUGAUGGCUUUUCAAAAUAUAUGAACAUUACAGAAGAAGAAAGUCUUGAUAUCUUUUCUAAAGCUGUAGAUUAUGCUAAAGAAGCUGUGAAUUUGUAUAAAAAAGACAUAGAAAAUAAAGCUAAUGUUAUAAAUGCAAAUCCAUUGAUUGCUGGAUCAAUUGGACCAUAUGGAGCUUGUUUACAUGAUGCUUCAGAAUAUAGUGGCAAAUAUUGUUCAAAUGUAACAGAAGAAUUUCUUAUAAAUUGGCAUAGACCACGUAUUCAAAAAUUGAUAGAUAAUGGUGUUCAUAUAUUAGCUAUAGAAACAAUUCCAUGUAAACAAGAAGCAGAAGCAUUGAUUAAAUUAUUAAAAGAGUAUCCAAAUAGUAAAGCUUGGUUAUCUUUUUCAUGUUGCAAUGAUGGAAAAAGUAUAGCAGAUGGAACUAAUUUUCAACAAAUUGCAAUGCAAUGUUAUAGAAAAGCUUUACCAAAACAAAUUUUAGCAAUUGGAGUCAAUUGUACUGCACCACAAAAUGUAACUAAAUUAUUAAAAGGAAUUAAUGAAAAUAACAAGCAAGAAUUUGUACCAUUGGUAGUAUAUCCCAAUAGUGGUGAAAAAUAUACAAUAGAAAAUGGUUGGAUAAUAAAAGAUGAAGAAUGUUCUUUACAUGAAUUUAUAUAUGAGUGGCUUACUUUAGGUGUUCGGUAUAUAGGUGGAUGCUGUAGAACAAAUGCCACUGAUAUAAAGAAAAUACGAUUAGAGGUAGAGAAAUGGAAAAGAAAUUAAAUGCUUAAAUUGUAUUAUAUGUUGUAAAUGUGUAAUAUAUAAAUAAUCAUACAUAAUGCAAAAUAAAAAUAAAUCAAAAAUUCAAA